AUGAGAGCAGAAGUUAAAGAAUUGAUUGAAAUUCUUGGUGGAUCUGUUGGAUAUACAAAAAGAGAAACACCUGAUAAUAUUCGAGAUAAUAGAGUAUUAAAUCUGGAAUCAACAUUACACAUGGUUGAUGAUAUGAUACCUUCAAAUUAUCCUGCAGUAAAAAUAGUCCUUACUUCACCUCAAAAAAAAAAGAUUAAAGAUGAAGUAGAAGAUGCUUGUAAUCUGUUAUAUACUUCUAGGUCUAUAGAUGAUGCAAAAGAAUUAUAUGAAUUAUGUGGAGGUAUAGCUCAUUAUAUUUUUGAAUGGAAAAAAGAAGAAGCUUAUCAAGAGAUAGAUUUGGCUAUUAAAACCUGUGACCUUGGUAAGAUAAUAAAAUCUGUUGGUGAGGUUGAUGCUCCUCAUGAUACUUCUCAUGUGAUAGUACACAUUGUAGUAGAUCCUCAAACUUUUCAACGACACAAAGUUCAAUUUGCCUCUUCUAUCAUCAGAGAAAAAAUAUAUCAAAGAUUUUUAAAUGAACAACAAUUUUCAUUACGUAAUUUUUUAAAAGCAUGUGAAGAUGAAUCAAUUACAGGUGGUAUCUGUGGUAAUUUGCUUGAAGAUUUUGCACAUAAAAUGCUAAAAGCUGGUGGAAAGUAUGAAAUAAAAUUAUUAGAGUCAGAAGAAGAGUUAAGAGAAGGAGAUACACAAAAGAAAAAACUUAAAUCUAAUAAUGGAACAUCAGCUUCUUUAAUUAAUGAAUUAAAUUUGACUGUUAAAGGAACUUUUAAGUUUUCAAAACUUGAAGAAAUAACAGCAAAACAUCAAGUAAUUAAACAUCUCAAUGAACUUCAGAAUGAAGAAAAUGAGACAGAACUAUAUUUUGUUGUUCCAGAUGAAAUUUAUUUAACAUUUAAUAAGCAGAAGUUCCAAACAAAACCAGGAAAAAAUGCAGAAAGAACACCACCAAUUAUACAUUCUAUCAAGCAAUAUUCUCUUAAAAUUCCAUUGGAUCUACAAGGUCUCCCAGAAGCUUAUUUCAUAGUUUUCAAUAUCUUUUUUUCUGUAUAUCCACAUGGACCUGUAUGCAUUGAUUUAAUAUUACUCAGCUUUCCAUUAAAAAGGGCUAUGCAAACUCCACCGCCUUCAUUCUCUCCUUCAACUAUUUCCUCUUAUUCCGCUAUUUCCUCUUCCACCACUAUUUCCUCUUCCACUAUUUCCUCUUCCACAACUUCUUUCGCUAUUCCUUCUUCUCAUGCUCUAAUUUCCCCUUCACCUCUUUCAUCACCUUUAUUUUAUGAAGAUGCUAAUUCAUCUUCCACCACUUCUUUCACUGUUUCUUCUUCUCAUGCUCCAAUUUCCCCUUCACCACCUUUAUUUCAUGAAGAUGUUGAUUCAUCUUCUGCCGCUAAUAUUUACGGAAUCCACAUUUUAUAUUUUAUUGAUAUAAUCUUAUUUGGAUUGGAUAUUCUCUUUGGCAUUUAUUUUUAUUUCAACAAAGAGACAAAAGUUUCAGAGUUUGUUUUUAUAAUUUUCUUAAAUGUUUUAAAUAUAAUUCUCAGUACACUUGGAAUGAUCGUCGGAUGCGAUAAAACAGAUAAUGCAAUCAUACAAGGAUUAAUGACUAUAUUUUUUUGGGUUCCAGCAAUAUUAUUAUGUAUCAAACUAGGAUUUUGGAAUUAUAGACCAAGCGCGAGGAUGGAAAUUGAAUAUGAAAAGUACAUAAUAAUUUCCACAGCUUUUAUAAGUUUGUUAAAUGCAAUUCGCUUGUAUAAUAAUUCAAAAGAUUACAAUUCUUUCAAUAUUGAAAUUUUUAAAAUAGUUAUGAUUUUGAUCAGCAAUUAUGGCAAGUUUCUAAAACCAAUAUUAUUAAUUAUUCCAUUAACUGUUCAAGCGUCAAUGCCAACACAAGUGUUUGUCAUGUUAGCUGAAUUUUAUUUUUAUUAUUUUAAUGAAGAUAUUGUUUUAGAAACUUUUUUAGAAGAAUUAAUGCAUACUAGAGAAAUUUAG